AUGGCCGGAAAGGAGGAAGGACGGGCGAUUGGGAUUGAUUUGGGCACGACUUAUUCGUGCGUGGCAGCAUGGCAGCACAACCGUGUCGAGAUCAUACCCAAUGAUCAAGGCAACCGCACCACGCCCUCCUGCGUCGCUUUCACCGAGAACGAGCGUCUCAUCGGAGAAGCCGCCAUGAAUCAAGUCGCCAGUGCUCCAACUAACACCGUUUUCGAUGCAAAGAGGCUGAUUGGCCGUACAUUCAAUGACUCAAUGGUCGAAAGUGACAUGAAACUAUGGCCAUUCAAGGUCAUUCCUCACCCUACUGACAACAAGCCUAUGAUAGUAGUAAGCUAUAGAGGGAAGGAGAAACGGUUUUCAGCUGAGGAGAUCUCUUCGAUGGUGCUGUCUAAGAUGAAGGAUAUUGCCGAGGCCUAUCUUGGUUCAUCUGUCAAGAAUGCUGUCAUCACCGUGCCUGCUUAUUUCAACGACUCCCAGCGUUGUGCCACCAAAGAUGCCGGAACCAUUGCUGGCCUCAACGUUGUAAGGAUCAUCAAUGAGCCUACUGCUGCAGCCAUCGCAUACGGUCUAGAUAAAGGGGGUGAUGUGCCUAAGAAUGUGCUUAUUUUCGACCUUGGUGGUGGCACAUUUGAUGUGUGUGUGGCUGCGAUUGAGGCGGGUAUCAUAGAAGUGAAGGCUAUAGCUGGAGAUACUCAUCUAGGUGGGCAAGACUUUGACAGUAGGAUGGUGAAUCAUUUCGUGAAAGAGUUUGAUAGGAAGACCGGUAAGGAUAUUAGUAUGAAUAUUAGAGCUAUUAGGAGAUUGAGGAGUGCUUGUGAAAGAGCCAAGAGGAUGCUUUCCUCCACUUCCCAAACUAAUAUUGAGAUUGAAUCUUUGUUCGAGGGGAUUGAUCUGUUUUCGACUAUCACUCGUGCUAAAUUUAAUGAGCUCAACAUGGAUUUGUUCAACAAGUGUAUAGAACUGGUUGAGAAAUGCCUGAAUGAUGCAAAGGUGGAGAAGAGUGGCGUGGAUGAGGUGGUGCUGGUGGGCGGGUCGAGUAGGAUUCCAAAGGUGCAGGAGAUGUUGAAGGAGAUUUUCAAUGGAAAGGAGGCGUGCAAGACUAUUAAUCCAGAUGAAGCCGUGGCGUAUGGUGCUGCAGUGUUGGCUGCCAAGUUGAGUGGUGAAGGCGAUGAGAAAGUGCAGAAUGUGGUUCUUUCGGAUGUUACUCCUUUGUCGCUUGGUAUUGAAUGCAAUGGAGAUGUGAUGACCGUAAUUAUUCCAAGGAAUACACCUAUCCCAAUCAAGAAGGCUAGAAAUAGUUUGACAACUGUGGAGGACAAUCAGACCAACAACAAUCUGCUAGGUGAAUUCACACUCAAAGGCAUUCCAGCAGCGCCCAGAGGUGUUGCUAAAUUCAAAGUGUGCUUCGACAUUGAUGAAAAUGGUAUCUUGAAUGUGUCAGCGGAGCACACAAAAACUGAAGUGAAGAACAACAUCAGCAUCACCAACUACAAGGGCAAGGACAGGCUUUCUGGAAAACAAAUAGAAAAGAUGGUGAAAGAUGCAGAGAAAUACAAGAGGGAGGAUGAGGAGUACAGGAAGAAGGCUGAUGCAAGGAAAGCUUUGGAGAACUACGCCUACGACAUGAGGAACGCCACAAGAUGUGCAGCCGGGAUUGGAGCAGCAGACAAGAAGAAGAUAGAGAAGGCGUUUGAGUCUACUGUAAAAUGGUUGGAGUCGAACAAACUUGCAAAGGUUGAUGCUUUGGAGAAAAAGAUGGAGGAGCUUAAGAGGAUUUACAAACCCAUUGAAGCCAUGAUGCAACCCAGCAACCCAUAA